UUCUCCGUUGUACGCUCUUGUUGCAGAUUAAGUUUCUGUUUCUCAUAUAUAUUUUUUUAUGAUGCCUAGCGUCAAUCCCGACCAAUCCGACAAGGACUCCGAGCCCUUUGUGGAGGUCGAUCCGACCGGUCGUUAUGGUCGUUACACGGAGCUUCUAGGCUGCGGGGCAGUUAAAAAAGUUUACCGUGCAUUUGAUCAAGAAGAAGGCAUUGAAGUUGCAUGGAACCAAGUCAAGCUAAGAAAUUUCUCCGACGAUCCAUCGAUGAUCGAAAGGCUUUAUUCGGAGGUCCGGUUGUUAAGAUCAUUGACCAACAACAACAUAAUCUCAUUGUACAACGUUUGGCGCGACGAGGAACGUAACACCCUCAAUUUCAUAACCGAAGUGUGUACGUCUGGGAAUUUGAGGGAGUACAGGAAGAAACAUAGGCAAGUUUCAAUGAAGGCGUUGAAGAAGUGGUCAAAGCAUAUUUUGAAAGGCUUGAACUAUUUGCAUUCACAUGAGCCUUGUAUCAUUCACAGAGAUCUUAAUUGCAGCAAUGUUUUUGUUAAUGGAAAUACGGGCCAGGUUAAGAUUGGUGAUUUGGGGUUGGCUGCAAUAGUGGGAAAGAAUCAUUCAGCGCAUUCGAUUCUCGGGACACCGGAAUUCAUGGCGCCGGAGUUAUACGACGAACAUUACACCGAACUCAUCGAUAUAUACUCAUUCGGCAUGUGUGUGCUUGAGAUGGUGACCUUGGAAAUCCCCUAUAGUGAGUGUGACAAUGUGGCCAAAAUUUACAAGAAAGUAUCCAAUGGGGUGAGGCCUCAAGCCUUGAGCAAGGUUAAAGAUGACGAUGUGAAGGCAUUCAUUGAGAGAUGCAUUGCUCAGCCCGGUGCAAGACCGGCAGCGGCGGAGCUGCUCAAGGAUCCGUUUUUCGACGAAGUUGUUGAUGAUGACGAAAAUGAUCAAUAGUACUUAGGUAUAGAUUCUUGUUUUCGUAUUAACCCAAUGGUUGGUUUCCCUUAAAAUAAUUCUUUUUCCAGUAGGUUAAUUGGAUUAAAACUAGUUUAAUUUGUACAUAUGCGUUCACAAACAUACAUUAAGUUUGAAUGGGAGAAGAUUGAGUGUGAACUUUGGGUU